AACUGUUCUGGAUUAAGCCGUUGCAUUUUAACAAUUUCAUUGUUACAAGUUCUAUCAUAAAAUGGAUUUGAUGCUUGUGAAAAAUACUCCAUCACAUUUGUAGUAUUUAAAAUUGGAAUCCACACCGAAUCCUGCCAUGAAAGACUUAAAGGAUUAUCCGGAAUUACCCUACUGGACAUCAUUUUUGUGAAUUGGUUAGGUCUUGACAACUUCACAAAUCAGAAUUCAUAAAAUAAUAUUGCAGCUCAAAAUGGUCAGAUUGCGAAUUUGCAGUAUCUAAAACGAAAAUGAUUAUAUUUUAAAUAAUAAAUAAUUAUGUCUUUAGAAGUAGUUCCUAUUCACCGACAUCCAGAAUACCUCCAUGACUGUUGUAAAAUAAUAAAUCAAGAAUGGAAACGAUCAGAAUCAGCCCGUAUGCACAGUUUACAACAGUCCAAUGACAAUCUACCUACCUCACUUAUUUUACUCAAAGACAAAGUCGUGAUUGGUCAUGUUAAAUUGUCUGUAAUCCCAAGUAUUAAAACAGCUUGUUUUAUAGAGUCACUAGUAAUAGAUAAAAGUCUUAGAGGAAACGGAUUUGGAUCGAUGCUUAUGAGAGGAGCAGAAAAAUCUUGCAGAGCUUUGGGCCUGAAAACAAUAUAUUUAUCAACCAAAGGUCAAGAACAAUUUUACCGUAGACUUGGUUAUACAGAAUGUAGCCCAGUAUCAAUCUAUGGAAAUUUUAUGAGUUCAAUUAGUAGCAAUCUCUUUAAAAGGAAUGACGAAAAAUCGAAAGAAAUGCAUCAAGUAGAGACCAACACCAGAUCUGCUCCUCCUCCUCCUCCACCACCACCCACCUCACCACAUAAUACUGAAGCCAAGACAAACAGAAAAACUUAUAUGAAAAAAGAUUUGUAAUAUUUGUGCAUAAUGUUAAAAAACAGUCAUGCUAAAUUUUUUGUGACCAAAUUAAAGCUUAUUUUUCGAA